AACCGAAAGAGAGGAAUUAGGAUCAAAACCUCCAUAGAAAGCUUUGGUCCUUGCUUCCAUCAAAUUCAUCGUCGAAAGUUUCUGGUUCUUCGACAUAGCUUUAUCGUAAAAAUGUCGAGUAGUAGUAGCUCGGGCAGGACCUCCAGAAGUGAUAGUGAUAGUGCAUUCGAUGUUGAUGAACUUGUACAGAUCGGGACAAGAUGCAGAGAGCUGAGAAGAGAGAAGGAGAUGCUAAGAGAAUCACAGUCCGAGAGUGUGGAGCUCGUCAGAAGGCUGGAACUACAUGCGAAGUCAUUGUCAGAAUCUCGUUUAGAAGAUAAGGGAAGAAUUCAGACAUUGGAGAAAGAGUUGGUGAACUGUUAUCAGGAAAUUGAUUAUUUGCAAGAUCAGUUGAGUUUGAGAAAUAAGGAAGUAGAUUAUCUUUCAGAACAUGUCCACAGUCUUGAAGUCAAGUUAGCAGAAUCUGGGCAUUUAGAAGAAGAAGUUAACAGUUUGAGGGAGGAGUUGUUUAAGUCAGAAUCCGAGCAUUUUUUGUUGUUGCAAGAACUUGGGAGCAAAGAAACAGAACUACAAUACUCAGCAUAUUCAGUAGAGAAACUCGAGGAAUCCAUCUCAUCAUUAACAUUAGAGUCACAAUGUGAAAUCGAAAGCAUGAAGCUUGAUAUGAUAGCUUUGGAGCAUGCACUCUCUGAUGCCAAGAAAAUUCAAGAAGAAAGCGUUCACGAAAAAGAUCAACUAAGGGAAAUAAUUGAGGAGCUUCGGCUUCAAUCUCAAGAGGCACAAGAGAAUAUUGGGUGCUUAGAGAAGCUAAACAAGACGCUGAGAGAGAGAUGUGAUGCUACUCAAAGGAAUGUCGCAGAAUUUUGCCGAAGUGUUAAAAAAUGGGUUGGAAGUGAGGAAAAACUGCCUAUAAAAGCAGAGUUUUUCUUCGCUGAAUUUGGCCACGAGCUUCCGCUAGCCAAAGAAUUGAGAGAAUGUUUUGAUGCGAUCAUCGAGAAGCUACAAGUUUCACGGGAUGUGAAUUUGUCCGAGAAGGUGGAGUGUAUGUCAAAGCAGAUAAACCAAUAUGAAAAUCUCAUUAAGCACCUCAAGGAUGAACUGAGAGAUGAGAAACUGAAGGCCAAGGAAGAAGCAGAGGAUCUUGCGCAAGAAAUGGCUGAAUUAAGGUAUAAAAUGACAUGCUUGCUCGAGGAAGAAUGCAGGCGACGUGCAUCCAUUGAACAAGCUUCAUUACAGAGAAUAGGCGAGCUAGAGGCACAGAUCAAGAAAGAGAAGAACACAUCCAUGGCAAGCAUGAUCUCUCUCCCUGGCGUGUAAUUUUCACCCCCUCUGCCCUAUCUCCAACCAAUGGGAAAUACAUAGUCUUCACUCUAUGUCAUGUAUCAUCCACAUUGUCAGUAGCUUGGCUGAAAACACUGGAUGGUUAGAUAUAACAGAGCAACUGCAACCAAACACCAAAAAGGUCUGUGGGUUUGGAUGUUGAAUUCACUUGAAACUCAAAUGUUUCAUUAGAGCAAGUCAGCCAGUUAAAGGGUAGAUACAAGAUUUUGUCAUGAUUCAUGUGGAAGAGAUGUUUCCAUUGUGAGUUGUAGAAAGGCAUAGAUCCAUAUAAAGAACCAAAAGGUUUGACCUUUUGUGAAGAUAUGCUAUCAUUCCUUGUGUACAUCGUCUUCUAAUUAAUUUAUCCAUUGUUCUUUU